AUGCCCAAUCCACCCCAGCUAAGUCCACGUAAUAUCAGCGAGACAAUAAAUCAGAAUGCCAUCGGCGAAAUGGAAAAGGUUCACGUAACGUCGGCCAAUAAAGGCGCUGAUAAAUCGGGCCGCACUACCAGCCGGCCCCACCCGGCCGCGCCUUGCGCCGAUAAACAGCUCUCCGACAUUUGCUUAGAAUGGGGUGCGGUGCCGCGGCCAUAUUGCGGCGACCCCGUAACGGCCCAUCGCGCUAUUAACCCCGGCCUCUCCUCGAAGGCACACGAUAAAGACAAUGAGCGGCCU